UGUAGGCACUCCCUUGUGAAUAAACCUUCAAGGACGUCGCUGCUAUGGUGAUAGCAUAUUACCAAAUCGGAAAUACUAUUGCUAUGUUUACCGUCUUCUAGUCUACUUUGAACGUGCCGUUAAUCUUUGUCUAUAGAAGGAAUUAGAUCAUUCCUGAACCUAAACCUAGUUUUGGAUGCGGGCCAUCAGUCAGCGAAGCGGCAGAGAUGGACGGGCAUAUUAAAGAAGGCCAGUUGUACAUGCAACAGCACAAGAUCGUCAAGAAGUGGAAGAAGACUUGGGCAGUGCUGUUUGCUGACGGGCCUCAUGGAGUUGCACGGUUGGAGGUGUUUGAGGGGGAGAGGCCGGGCAGCAGUGAUUGGCGGUCGGACAGGAAGGUGAUCCGCCUAUCGGAAUGCGUGACGGUGCUGGCCACGCCCUCGGAGGCGGGCCCUCAGGAGGCCAUGGGCUCGUUCUGCGUGCGCACGGCCCAGCAGGCCUACGUGUUCGCCACCGCCGCCCAGGACUGCCCCCGCUGGGUGGAGACCAUCUGCCAGACCGCCUUUCAGGGCAGGGGUGGUGGGGGGACAGACUCCCAGCAGCUCAAGAUGGAGGAGAAUCUGAUCUAUGAAUCUCGAGAGGAAGCCAGGCGGUUCUGGGUGACGGUGCAGCAGACGGAGGCUUCAGAGCGCUGUGGCCUCCAGGGGGCGCACUGGCUCAGUGUGGACGACCACGCCCUCACACUGAGCGACGGCCAUGCCCACAACAUCCUGCUGGCCUGGCCCUACCGGCUCCUGCGUCGCUAUGGAUACGACAAGGGCAUGUUUUCGGUGGAGGCAGGUCGGCGCUGUGAGUCAGGCCCGGGGACCUUCAGCUUUGUUUCGGCACAGGGUGGCCAGAUCUUUGCCUGCAUGGAAACAGCUAUACAGCAGCACAGGGUCCUGCAGGAGGAGGAGCCUGGCAGCAGCUCCGCCCCCUGUGAGCCCGGGCGGCAGAGCCCAGGACUGCUGGAGGACCCCAGUGCUGCUUACUCCCUCCCCGUGGACUGUGUGCGUCAGCCUGCCCCCCUACAGCCUGCCCAACCGCCGGAGCCCGUCUACUGCACCCCCCUGGACCACAUCCAGCCCCCAGCCCCCAGCCCCGCUCCCCCCAGGCCUCGCCGUGGCGACGCCCCUGACCCACAGCUCUCUGAGGGGGGGGAGCGCUCUGUGUGCAGCCGGCCGGAGAGACAGGGGGCCCUGCGGGGGAGUCCCAAGUCCUGGAGCCCCAGGGGCAUGGAGGAGGAGGACCACAUGCUGACCUCUGACCCUGGUGACCCCUGUGACCCCCACACCCUGUACAGCCAGGUCACCAAACAUGCCACCCCGAACAUCACCUGGGACCCAGACUCCGAUGACAUCAUCUACGACAACCUGGGAGUCAUUUAACCUUUAACCUUUAACCCCACACUGGUCAGCACAGAGACAAAGCUCCAGGCCUGAGAUCACUCAACUUACACCACUCUGCCUGUCUGUCUGUGUAUCUGUGUGCCUGUCUGUCUGUGUAUCUGUGUGUCUGCCUGUCUGUGUAUCUGUGUCUGUCUGUCGGCCUGUCUGUGUAUAUGUGUCUAUCUGUCUGUGUGUCUGUCUGUCUGCCUGUCUGUUGAACUGUCUGCCUGUCUGUCUGGGAUUAAACCACUUACAGGUCAAAACAUAACCUAAAAGGAGAUGUGCGCCCUGCCCACAGUGAAAUAUAAUGGCGGGCAGUAAUGUUUUGGGGAUGUUUUAAUUCCAGAGGUCCAGGGGUAUUGUUUAAGAUCAAUAGUAUAAUGGAUAAGUAUCAGCCCAUUUUAGCGGACAAUGGUUGCCUCGACCACAAGGCUGAGACUUGGCUGUCAGUGGACUUUUCAGCAAGACAAUAAACCAAAGUAUACCUCAAAAUCCACACAGAAAUGGUUCUGUGACAGCAAAAGCAAUGUUCUGCAGUGGCCAUGUCAUGUCUGAACUGAAACCUGCGGGCUGAACUGAUGCCUGCGGGCUGAACUGAGGAGGGCAGUUAAGUGCAAACCUAAGAAUGUGAAGGAUCUUGCAAGGAUCCGCAUAGGUUCAGCCCAAAAUCUCUCCAAAUGUGUUCCUUAAUCUUGUCAACCACUACAGGAAAAGACUCCAUGCUGUUAUCCUUGCCAGAGAUGGAUGCUAAACCAGGGGUGCCAAUAAUUAUGAAAGCUUGAUUUUGGUGAAAUCUAUUUUUUUAA